CCCCAGUAUGUGCCGUAUCAGGAGCCAAAUAUAUGACUGAAGAUGGAUGGUUGGAUUUACGAAAUCCUCUAGAUUCAGACGUCCCAUUUAGACUGUUAAAAGAGGAAGGCCGAGCUUUUUUACAAUGGUCUGGAUAUGGGGAACUACGCAACAAGUUGGCAGGUAGAUUAGUUAUGGUUCACCUUAUGUGUAGAGAAGCAGCCACAGAAGAAGAGUCCACGGAAUUUCCCAGAAUUCAAAUGUUGUUUUCGCCAUGCGUGGCCUUUAGAGUCGUUGGAUCUCCGACUAAACAACUCAUCAGCAAUGUAAGCGAAGUUGCCUUUGUGCAAGACCCAAAUUUAGUAAAAGAAACUACUACCAACAGUACACUCAGUGUUACAGAAUACGUAGCUAUCGGAAUUUGUUCCAUUCUUCUUGGCCUUAUCUAUGUAGCUUCUGUCUUCCUAUAUCUCCACCUCCGAAAGAAAAAGACAAACUCGAGAAGUAGCCGAAGAAGUAGUAGAAGCAUCAGGGACAUUGAAGAAGGAAUAGUGAAAAGUAAUCCAUUAUUAUCUAUAUCAAGCCACUUUUUACCAGGAGAAACUGGCUACAGUGAUACGAAUAGUUCUGACAACGAAGCUGCACCUGACAUUAUCAAACAUCAUGAAGAUCGCAAAAAACAAACUACUUCAGCUCUUGUUCAUUCUCAGAAACUGUACAACUACAAUACACGUCUUUCAUCAUUCUCUUCAUUUGACAACUACCAUCAAGAUUCAAAUACCAACGAAAGAUUGCCUGAAGAAAAUGUAUCCAUUGUUGAAACAUUAGAAAUCAGAGAAGAAAGACCUGAAAAUAUUAGAUCUCUCACAGGAAUUACUAGAAAGAAACUCUACUUUAAUCCCGCUUAUUUUGAACCACAAUUAUUGUUGGAACCGCCACCAGCUGCUUUAGAAUUUCUAAUCAAAAUUCGUGAAGUUAUCGCUAUAGCCAAACAAAAAUUAUCUUCGAAAAGAUUCAGUCCUAGCCUUCUUAAUAUUCCUGAAGAAGAAACUCAAUACCCCAUCGAUUCUUUGUAUGGACUAGCAGAUCCGUCGAUAAGCAGACGUAGCAGCAUCAUAAGCCUCAAGCGUGAGAACAGCAGAAGAAAAACUUGCACAGGCUGUCCAGGAUGUGAACCACAAGAGUUUAAUGGUAUAACAGGAAAAUUGCCAGAGUUUCCAGCAUUAGUAGCCUGCCAUAAUUGCACCCUUACGUCUAAUGAGAGUAAGCAGAGAAUAAGAAAAUGGUUGGAAGAUGUACCAGUUAAUAAAGGUCCAGGCGAUCUUACUCAGGCUUCGACAAAAUCAAAUAACUGUCCUAAAACUGUCAGAUCUCCAACAAAAUCGCUUCUGGCUUCAUUAGAAUCUCAAAAUGUUAAACGUCCACUCAGUGUGAGAAUAAGAAAACCAUUUGAACAACCACCACCACCCCCUUCCACCAAGAGCGAAGAAGAAAACUACUAUUAUUCGAUUCCUUUAGACGAUAAGAAAGACUCGAUUCAUUCGGUUAUGAAACUCCCUCCUCCUGAUAUGAUACAACAGGCUAUGGAGUUCGAUAGAACGGAAGAAAAAGUGGCAACGUUGACUAAGGAGCAAAUGAAUGCUGUUAUUUAUGAAUUUACGAAACAUAAAAGCUUGUUGGAGAAGAGCCAAGUAGUCGAGUAUGAAACUGAUAGUUUAGAGCGGAAUCAUCAUCAAAAAGGUUAUUCUACUCCAUCAGAAUACGCGGAAGUUUCAUCCUCACAGCCAAGCCCCAGUCUAAGCUCUGUUCUGCCAGAUCAAGAAGAAAUGACAAUGCGAAAUGCCAUAUUUAAUACCAAAACGGGCAAUAUGACUAUCUCGAAAAUUAAUAUGGAGGCUCUUCAAGAAGAUGAUCACGAUUAUGAGUUAAUAGUAAUGAAAAAGGGUUCAAUGAUCAAUGAAACGUACAAUUUAUCGGAACUAAUCCAAAAAACUAAAGGUUACAGCUUGGUUAGUGAAGUAUACGUCAACAAUGGUUACAACUAUGGGAGUACACCAUCUACCCCUACCAACUCACGACAUUCAACCCUAGACAUGAAACAAUUAAAGGUUAAGUAUGAAGGUACCUCAGAAAAACCAGGAAAACUACUUAUAGAAGUAGAAGACUGCAUGGACCAUUACAUUCCAGUGAACGAUUCUGAUGAAUAUGAACAAGAUACUUUAGAUAGAAAAACAAAUAGGAGUUCCAAAAGAUCUGCUCCUCCAAAUAAUUACGUUGAUUCUUUGGAGAGACCUUCCCAAAUCCUUCUAACAACUACUGGCAGUUUUCGUAGCUCUGAAUCGUUAAAUGCAUCUCAAGAUUUUGGCGAAUCUGGUAAUUUUAACAGAGUUUUUGGCAGCUUGAGGGAGAUUUAUGAGGCGAAGACAAGGAGUAGCAGUUUUUCAAAGAGAGACGGAAAAGAACCUUUUAUACUAAUAAGUGACGAUGAUAAAGGAAGGAUUCUAACCCUGGAAGAGAGGCAUUCAAAGAGGCAGCGAGCUAAGGAGAAUGCAGUACAACCGGAUGUUAUUCCUCCCCCUCCUCUUGAUACUAAUACACUUUAUGAAAAUGCUAGGCAUCAAAGACAGUUGGAUACCGCAUUUGGCCAUUCGUCUCUAUCAUCAAAAAACUCCAAAUGCAGGAGCACCAGCAGGGAAUUCAAAUCAAAUGCAACACCUAAUACUACUGGUGCUCCUGAUUCUCGUACAGACGAAUACAAACUCUGCCUUCUCCAGAAAUCUAAGAAAAACGGCAACAUAACCAAUUUAAUACAGACGGAAGACUUUAUCCUCAAAAAAGGCUGCAACGAUCAAUUUAUAUUCCACUCCGUUGUUGAUACUCAUAUGAGAGACAAAGACAAACUCUCAUGGCAAAAUACCCUGCGACCAGAGGACUCUGGCUACCUCAGUUCCGACUCGAAUGAAUCACGAUUUCACAAAGUCAAGUUGACUAUGUUGGAACCGGUGGGGGUUGGCAGUGAAACAGACGAAAGCUUGGGGGACGGGCAUAGCGAGUCAGGCGCAGAAAGUGUUGAAACCCAUUCGGUUUUCUUCGGUAGGUUUAACAGAAACUCCGCUGGGUUUAAUGGAUACGGUUCUAUGGAUAGUGGCGUAAUUGGUGGGGAGGAGGGAGUUUCUAGUAGUGACUCUGAGACUGUCAGCUACACGACUGUUAUUCCUGUUGUGGCUGAACCAUCGUGAGUCAACUGUUGUAGCUGAACCAUCGUGAGUCAACUGUUGUACUCUUUUCGUUUAAAGAAAACCUAUCGUGUUUUGAUUUUCAGGGUUUUGAAUCGUAAUGCUUAAUAAGUAAUAUCUUUGACUACUAUUUCGAAUUUUAUUAUGUUGACUUUAGAGUCAAUUUUCAGGUUAUUUUUUUUUUGUAAUAUACGUAUGAUCAACGAUAUGCGAAGGAGGCAUUUCCUGAUAUAUUUUAGUUUAAAAUUGUAAAAACUUAAGAAUAUCAUAAUUUAGAUAGACAUUAGUUAGUUCUAUUAGGUAAACAAUAAGUAAUAAAUAAGAAGCUCACAUAUAGAGGACAGUCGUGUAAUAUGGGGAACUUUUUUUUAAAUAAUGGAAAAGUUAACUCUGAUUUAGUCAGUAUAUUACAUUUCUUUACUUUGCCUCUAAACUUUUUCAAUUACCUUUUUCAAAAAAAACUUGUAUUAAUUUAUUCCAAAUUGUAUCCAAUACGGUCCUGUCUAACUUAAAUAUUAUGUAGAACUUUCGUCGAAAAAUGCAGUUGUAAGAACCAUUCACAAAACUGAACUAUGCGGGAGAAAUCUUCAAGUUGUAGUGCUUAAACAGGUUGAACAUAAAAGGGA